AUGGUCUGCACCCAGGGCCACCCAAAUUCAACUAAGACUUAUUUCCGUAUUAAUCCCCGUGUGGCACUUGUUGACGAAAGAGUCUCCAUCAAAGUCACUUAUCUUCGUCCACUACAGCGAGUGACGGUGCAGGCAUAGGUGGAGGAAGGAAAGGCCGUGUUCAGCUCAUGUGGCCAUUUUCAAGCUGAACAACAGGGACAAGUCGAUAUAGCUGAGCAUGCUUCAACUGGGGGAACAUGCAAGGGCCAUGAUAGCAUGGGACUCUUGUGGAGUAUGAAGCCUGUUCCAGGGAUUUCAAAGGAUCUACUUCUUAGAAAGGGAGAUGUGACGACACCUCUUGUCUUCAGACUGUCUGUAAUUGAUGGCCACAUUCCCCUUGAAGACCUGCAGCUGGCCACACCAGUAGUUCUAGCAACAGAGGAGCUAGAACGAUGGUACAAACACGAAGCUGUGAGGACAGUCGUGCGAGAAGGUUCCCUAAGGGGAACUCUCUUCUUGCCUGAAGCAAAAAAUGGUUACCCGUUCCGUGCAGCUUUGUUGGCGUCCAGAGGUUUCACUUCCUAUGCUCUUCCUUUCUUUGGAUAUGACGAUCUCCCACCGACAUUGGCUGACUUUGACUUUGAUUACAUUCUGGGUGCUGUAGACUGGUUUGCCUCUCAUCCAAGUGUACGGCAAGGAGGGAUCGGUGUAGUUGGUACCUCUCAGGGAGGUGAACUCGCCUUGCUGCUUGGCAUGGCCACUAAUAAGGGUGUUGUCGCCUUCCUUGUGCAUGUCGAUUCGCAUGGCCGUCUGCCCCACGCCUAG